AUGAAACAUUAUCUAGUGCAAGAUGAUCUUACUUGCUUUGUUGCAGAAUACAUCAAUAUGAACGUAAUCCAAAUGCUUUCUCUUUGGACCAUUACGAAGCAUGGUAUAAUGUUAAUGAGUGAAUCAUCAAGUCUUGCAAGCUCUGAUCGAAAAAACAAAAGCCAUACUAUGGAUACCCGAAAAAAAAUGGAUAGAAGAGGUGAUGCAAUAAUUAGAAAGACGUCAGGCGGAAUGAAACUUGAAUUUGGAGGUUCUGAGGCCGAAAAACACUAUGAGGGACAAAAUGCGACUAAGUAG